AGCUCAGUUCAAUUGCGGCAACUUGUGACGGUGGACGUGCAAAGCGGAAGAAGCAACCGAAAAGCUUGAGUAAAGCGCGUCGUUUAAUAAAAUCAAAUAUAUUUUUAAGUUAAUGAGACAAAAUAAUUAAACGGAAAUAAAAUUGAAAACUUGAAAAACUGAGUUUUUUCAAUAAAAUUUUAAUAUCAAAUUAAAAAAACUUUACAAAAUAGUGAAAAGUUACUUUCGCCAAAAUUUAAGUGAAUUUUUUCACAUGAAAAAUAAAUUCUCAAAAUAUACUUACAUACAUAUAAAUAUUAAAACGCUUGCUAUAAAAGCCAUUCCACUGAGCAGCAACCUGGCGUAUACCCAGCUUUGGUGUGCUGCGGCAAGCGUGUGAAACUUUGAACGUCGAAAAAGUGGCGAAAAGUCGAGUGCAAUCGUCAAAAUAGUUGUUGCUUCGGACACCAGUGCAUUACAUAAAUAGCAAAACUAAUAAAAAAAAACGGAAAAACGAAAAAAGUUGUAAAUCGGCGACCAAACUAAGAAUCUUAAAAAAAGAAAAACGGAAAGCAAAACAAAGGCGAAAAACUUUAGCUUAGAUUAGGGUGUGCAAUUGAUAGUGGAUUUGGUGCGCACGCACGUUUUUAAACAAUUUCUUACAUAUUUACAUACAUAGAAAAUAGUUUACGCUGCUUGGCGUGCUGUAGACCAGCUCUUUGCCUUAAGUUUUUGUGUGACCACCAAACGCUGCAUUGACUGGGAGAUCAGGUUGCUUUUGAGCACUGCGCGCAAACACUGCAGAUGUUGUCGUAAUUGUAAAAUAUAUUUCAAAAAAAUAAAUAAUAACCACAAGUAAAAAAUGCAUCUACAACGAUCCUUUAGCGGCAGCCAACUUCGGGCGAUGCUGCGCAAAGAUGGUAUAGUGCGGCUACGACAACCGAUUAUGACGGCUAUCCAAUUAAUUUGGCCAUGCCUGAUGUUCAUCUUGCUCUACCUCAUUCGUCUCAAAUUCGGACCCGAACACAUAGAAGACUGUCAAUUUCCCACACGGCUAUUGCCAACCAAAAAUCAAGUGGUACCAAGUUUUUAUUCCUACAUUUGCAGUUUGGAAAACAAGUGUUUGCCCACAAAUCCUUACGAAGAGACCACGAGUUGGAAAAAUGCGCCUAUGAAGCCAAUUAUCGAUAUCGUUAAUAUAUUUGUCACCGACGAUCGCAUGUUUAACGCUGUCAUCGAUUUGCCGGAAAAGGCGAAUUUCAUAAAUGCAGUAACGGCGGUGGUCACGGGCGGACAUUUCAACGAGAUACGACUAAGCGUCGGUAAUGUUAUAAGUUUGGUGCCGCAAGUGGAGAACUUUCUGAAUGGCUCCUUCGAUAUAAUGCGAUUGUUUUCAGAUCGCAAAACGUUCGUAAAAGCUGGCUACUUAAUGUGUGGCCAUCCAUUCCCCAGCACCGACACCAUACCGUUAGUUAAUGAUAUUCUCUAUAAUACCGAAGAUUUCAGCAAAAUCAAUGACGAUGAAAUUAGUAUAAUGCCCACCAAAUACUGCAAACAACUUUAUUUAAAUAUUACAACUACAACGACCGGUAAACUCACUUGGAAUGUGGUGAAACCCCUUAUACAUGGCAAAAUUUUAUUCGCACCUGUCACGGAGGAUACCCUGUCAAUUAUGACGCAUGCCAACACAACAUUCCAGGAAUUGAACCGCUUGCAACGGCUGUCAGUUGCAGUUCUGGACAUCGUUACCAAACUGCGUGAAGAUGAAUCAUUCCAAAGAAGCUUUGAUAGUCUGCUCAAAUUGGCCACCUCUCCAACUGUACGCUCCUACAUCGGAGAUGACAUCGAUGUCGAUGAAAUCGUAACCAUUGUUAAUCGCUUCCAAACCGAUCCACUCGUCUACGACAUUAUAAGCACAAUCAAAAAUAUCUUAGAGUGCUUUUCAGUGGAUCGUUUUAUACCACUGGCCACAGCUAAAGAUUUACAGCUCAAGGCAUACGAAUUAAAUGAGAAACGUCUCUUCUUUGCGGCGGCUUAUUUCAAUAAGACCGACAACGAGGUGUCGUAUAAGCUGCACAUGGACACGGAAAAUACGCAACCGACUUUUGAGAAUAAGAAUCGUUUCUGGUUCCCAGGUCCAGCGCGUAGCAUGAUACAGGAUAUGAAAUAUCAUCGUGGAUUCGUACAGAUAAAGAAUGCAAUCGAUAUGGGUAUCAUAAGACAUCAAAAGUUGUUGCAUAAAAACGCAACUGAGGAUGCAUCGUUCGAGUUGAGCACCCACAGUCCGAUAUCGAUUGAAAUUGAAACGGGUAGUGGUUUUGGUGAAGACGAAGAUGAGGAGGAUGAUUGGGCUACGACGAGUAAAGAGAAAUCAGUUACCUACACAAAAGUGACUGACGAUACGGCUAAUCCCAGUUCCAUUGAGACAAUGGUAAAUAUGGACGAUGCCUUGAAGGUGACUACGCGGAGACGACGCCAAGCUCUGCUCGACUUACUAAACUCAUUUAGUAGCAGCAAUACAGAUGAGCUGAGCAAACACGGCGUGGAUGCUCUGCAAAUGUACACGAAACAAUUUCCCUAUCCCGCCUACACACAUGACGACAUGAAAACGGGCAUCUACCUGGCGCAGGCCAUACAAGUCUGCUUCUUCUUGGGCCUGGUUGUGGAAAUCGCCAAUUGCGUGCGUCACAUGAUUUGGAUGCGUGAGAGUCGGAAUAGUAUGAUCAUGCGGUCAAUGGGUAUGCGGCCAUGCUCUGAACUCACAUCAUGGAUAAUAGUAACAUUCGUCGAACUAAUUCUCAUUUUCCUGGGGGUGACGCUGUUACUUUAUGUUGGCGGGCUGAUGACGUAUGUCUCCUUCGUAUUCCUUAUGAUUUUCCUGAUAGUCUUCGGCGCUUGCUUAAUUUCAUUUUGCUACAUGUGCUCAACUUUCUUUACAUCCGCCACAAUUGGUGCCGUCGCCACAGCGCUGCUCUUCUUUAUCUCCUACUGUCCCUACAUCAUCGUGUUGCUCUUCGAUUCGCAUCUGAACGCGUUCGAGAACUUCUGCAUGAACCUCUCUUUCACGACGGCCUUCUCACACGCGUGGAGCCAUAUUAUGCGCAUGGAAUUGCAGGAAACCGGCUUGAGCUUUGUGCAAGUCUUUCAAGAUGGUUUGAGCGGUGAAUUCGGCUUCGCCUUUAUCAUGCUCAUAGUGGAUGCUGUCAUUUAUGCCAUUAUCGGCCAUUUGGUGCGACGUUAUAUGGAUGAUGAGUACCGUUUCAUUGAAGUGCAACGUGACGAUCUGGAUGCUAGUGUCGGUGCCACAAUGACCAAUGUGAGCAAGUUGUAUGGCGAGCAGGUGGCAGUGAGUGACGUUAACUUAUCGCUGCCACGGGAUAAGAUUACGUGUCUGCUGGGACGUAACGGCGCGGGAAAGAGUACUAUAAUAAAAAUGCUCACUGGCCAGGUGGUACAAUCGACAGGUCGCGUCAUACUCUCACAAGCCAUGUCCAGCAGUGAUGAGUUCGACAAGGUGGGCGUGUGCUCUCAGGACAAUAUUUUGAUACCGAAUCUCACGGCGCGCGAACAUCUGGAGCUCUAUGCUGCAAUCAAAUUGAAACGUAACUAUCAUUCGGAGGUGGAUAAGACGCUGAAAAGUCUGAACUUUGGCAAUUAUGAAAACUAUCAGGCUUGUCAACUAUCCGGUGGUUAUCAGCGUAGGCUCUGUGUAGCUUUGGCGUUCAUAGGCUCACCAAAUGUGGUAAUUCUCGACGAGCCAUGCAAUGGCGUGGAUUCUAAAGCACGAAAAGAUAUUUGGGAGCUCAUACAACGUUUGAGAAAAGGACGCGCUGUUGUCUUCGCCACACAUUUCCUGGACGAAGCUGAAUAUCUGAGUGAUGUGAUUGUGAUAAUGAAGAAUGGCAAGAUCAUUGUUAAGCACAGCCCCGACACUCUCAAAGAGUACUGCACCUCCGGCUAUGAUGCGUUGAUUCACUGCAGCGAGAAGCAAACAAUAAGCGAAAUUGUCACUACCGGUCGAGAAAUGCUGACCGCCUUUAAAGAUCUGGAAUGGCUCGAAACCGGUGAUAUACGCUUACAGGUACCUUACGAUCAAGGUGGCUCUCGAAGGUCACUGGAUUUCCUCAGCUAUCUACAAAACAUAGAGCAGCGUGGCCUCAUUUCCAACUUACGCGUUGAGAGUCGUAAUCUGGAACAAAUCUUCGCUGACUUGCAUGCAGAUAAAGCGCAUAAAGCUAUGAAUAAUCAAUUGCAAAUGAAACCUGUGGAGUUGAAGACCUCCAGCGUACCGCAUGUAGUGCAUAGCAGCACGUUAAGCAUCUCCACGGCUAUAAGAAGUUUAUUAGGCAAGCGAAUCGUGCAUUUCAGCCGCAACUAUCGCAUACUCCUGUGCGUUAUCGUAUUGCCGGCGCUAUUCGAGCUACUUGCCAUGUGGUUCGUUACAUAUCGCUUGGAAGACGAUUACGACAAGACGAUUAGUUUUACCCGCGACCUCUAUCCCAAGACUACACAAAUGUUUAGCAUGCAAAUGAACAAAACAAUGACGAGUGCGGCUUACGAAGGCUUGUCGGAGCAUUGUUCAUCGGAGAGCCCGUGUCGCGAGUUUAACAACUCAACCGACGCAUUCUUUUGGAUACUCCAUUCGAUGAAUGAUUACCACGAGAAGCGUUAUGGCGGCUACUCGUUCAACGACACGAAUGCUAUUGUUUGGUACAAUAACAAGGGCUACCACGCUAUGAUGGCUUGGCUGAACGAUUUGAAUACGAGAUUGCUGCAGGUGGAAAUGGACGACAGUAAUUUCAGCAUCACAACCUUUAACGAGCCAUGGAAGCUGGGCGUGGCCGAGCUCAGUACGACAUCAGUUUUGCGCCAAGCUGGUGACGCUUCUAUGGUAUUCAUCCUGCUGAUUGCCAUCAGUUUGGUUGUUUCCGUGUCGUCUGUGUUCCUCGUAAACGAACGAAUGAAGGGCGAGAAAUUGCAGCAAAGGCUUUGUGGCGUUAAUUUAGCCACUUAUUGGGGCGUGGCCUUCGUUUGGGACUUUCUGGUCAUGUUGCUCGCUAUACUGGUUUGUGGCGCAAUCAUAUUUGCCUUCAGCUUGCCCGUGUUUGUGGCGCGCGAAAAUGUUUAUGGCAUCUUUGUGCUCGCACUGCUCUUUGCCUUCGCCUGCAUACCUGGCGUGCAUGUGUUCGAGAAAUGUUUCAACGACUCAAGCGUUGCCAUAGUGACCAUAUUCUGUUCCAACAUCAUGAUAUCACUCGCCACUUUGGGCGUUAUUAUAUUUAUGGGCGUCGUUGGUGACUCAGAGGUGUGGGAUGAUUGGCGUUACUUCCUCAAUCGUGCGUUCCUUAUCUUUCCGCAACACGCACUGGGCGAUGGCCUACUAGAGAUCUGUAAAAACUAUAUGGUUUCACUUGUCUUCCAACGUUAUGAUAUCGAAUCGUAUAAAAAUCCGGUUUCCAGUGAUUUGUUACGUCCACAUAUGCUCGCCUUAUUCGUACUCGGCGUGUUCUUCAUCAUAUUGAAUAUACUCUUGGAGAAUGGCACGAUCUACCGUUUGCGCGAAUCUGUCUUCAAUCGUCUACCAUUCUACGAGAAGUACGCGCAUAGUCAGGCAGAGGAGUUGAAAAUUGUUUCUAUACAAAAUUCACUCAAACGUGCGGAAAAGGAUGACACACCACAAGUAUUGAAAGUGGAUAACCUCUGCAAGAGCUACAAUCGCGGGCAGUAUGUGGUGAAGAAUGUUACAUUCGCCGUUAAGGCGGGCGAAUGUUUCGGCCUGCUCGGUAAGAACGGCACGGGAAAAUCGACGAUAUUCAAAAUGCUCUCUGGCGAGCUGCAGCCGAAUGUGGGUGCUGUCAAUUACUUCAAUGGUGAGAUCGCAUAUUGCCCACAGACGAAUCCAUUGGACUCUCUGCUGACGGUGGAAGAAAGCAUAAGAUUUUAUGGCAACUUGCGUCGCGUCGCUAACAUAGAGAAGCUAAUCGAGCACAUACUUGAGUCAUUCCAACUGAAGUCGUACCGUCAUGUCUUGGUGAAGAAUUUGAGUGGCGGCAAUCAGCGGAAACUGACAGUGGCACUCACCUGUUGCGGCCGUACUACAGUGGUGCUGAUGGAUGAGCCCACCAGCGACAUGGAUCCGGUCACGCGUGCUAUUGUCUAUCGUACCAUACACGAGUUACUCGCCGUCCAGCGUGCAGUUGUACUUACGUCGCAUUCGGUGUCGGAAAUUGAUGGCAUUUGUCAUCGCAUCGCUGUGCUCAAGGAAGGACAGAUAUUAACCUGCAGCAGUCCGGAGAGUUUGAAUAAACAAUACGGUGGCUACUAUAAUGUUGUGAUAUACGGUGACAACCAAUUGAUUGAGUCGGUGGAGAAGGCCAUUCACAUGCGUUUGCCGCAGUGUGUCGACUUCCAGACUUAUCCGCACUCCAUAAAGUUUAGUCUCAAAAUCCAAACAGCCAGACCACGUGAGAAUGAUGUCGAUGCAAUGGUGCCCCCACAGAGCCAGAAGGUGAUUACUUUAGCCGAUCUGUUUAGUGAAUUGAAUUCACUUUCGGAACAAUAUGAACAUCGUCUGCACUAUACAGUCAGUCAUUGUCGUUUGGAUGCGGUGUUCGAACGAAUACUAGACUUUAGCGAAAAACACCCAACAUUAUCGUAUGGUCCAACGAAAGCGGGUCUCAUCGGCAGUCCAUCUACCGGCUACAUACACAAUGGUUAUGUUGAGACGGAGACCGUGACAUGACCGUCAAGCGCGUCGUUGCUUCCGCCAUUGCCGCCAAAUGCUGCUGUUCCAGACUAUGGCUCAACACUUAACUUACCUUAAGAUCUUCUUCUAGACGCUUCGUUGGCAUUUAGCGCGAUCGCCGAUGAGCAAGGACGUUGACUUGGCAGUGGGCAUAUCCCAAUGUGCUCAUCUACAUAUUUACUUAAUUAAUCUAUGCAAUAUUUGUGUGUGAUAAGGUUGGAUUUUAUUAUAAUUCUAUGUUUUAUACAAAAUUUGUGCUUCAAUUCUUAAUUUCAAUUUUAAUUUAUUUUUUUAUUAUUUUUUUAAUAUUUUACGUCGUAUUUAGUAUAUUUUUUGGGUGUAUUUGCGGAAUUCAUGCAUUUAGUUUUAGUCUAUAUAUGUAUGUAUGUAUGUAUAUGUAGUUGUUAUUCUUAUGUUGCGUCAAAUAUUUCUUGUAAACUUUUUGACAUUUGCUAUAAAUGUUUAUAUGUAUGUUUGUAUAUGGCCUUUUUUGUUUGUGUAAUUUUUGAGACCGUCACAAUUGCCGGAGCUGAGCUCAUGUUUGAGGGAAUAUUUUAUUUUUUAUUUAUGUAAAAUAAGUAUUAACGACUAAAUAUAGUUAAUAUUUAUAUACAUACAUACGUAUAUUUAAUUCAGGAUAUUAUGUAUGGUAUAUACAGUAGUAGUGUAAUGGAGAAACUUCUACCAAAUCUAAUUUUACAAAAUAAAAAUUUUUUUUUUUUUUGUAUUAUUCUUAUUCUAGUAUAUUCUUGUAACGUGAAAUAAAUAGAGUGGGCAGUGAGAAAAAUA